AUGAAAGCCAAUGUUCUUAACGAUCUGAACAAUUUAAAGAUCAUGUGGAUGUGGAGUGCUAGUGCAAGCCCACCUGGUGUCGAUUUUGGAUUUUCAAUUUCUGGUGGAACUGAUGCUGCUUGCAGUACUGGCUCUCGAGCUGUUGUUAUUACACGUAUUACUAAAGGUGGUCUUACUGACCAUGAUCAACGAUUAAAACUUUAUGAUAUUAUUUUACGCGUUAAUAAUAUCGAUUUUACUGAUGUUGAGCAUCAAGCAGCUGUUGAUGGACUUAAAACAGCUGUUAAUGAUGUUAAUUUAUUAAUUCGUCGAUUAUCGCCACCUAUUUUGGAAGAAAUUUAUAUAACGAACUUGUCAAAGGCACAUUUAGGUUUAUCGAUUGCUGGUGGUAUUAGAGAUGAAUAUGUUAAAGGGGAUUAUGGAAUAUUUAUUACAAAUAUCAUUCCAGGGGGAAUCGCUGAUAAAAAUGGACGCUUGCAAGUUGGUGAUCGUCUGAUGCACGUAUAUUCAUCGAAAAAUAACUAUGAUCUCACAUAUGUUGAACAUGAACAUGCCGUUGAAUCGAUUCGACGUGCAUGUACUGAAAGUCAAGCAAUCACUUUAUUAGUUGGUUAUGCAAGAAAUAACUCAGGUAUAUUCAGGUGUAGGCGAGGAUGUGUGAGUAAUUGUCGUCCUCAUGCUCACUAGAUACACUGAUGCCAACACCACCCAGUCGGCUCUAACACCCACAAGUCUUACAGAACGAUCACUACACUAACGAAUAACUAUACAGAUAUUUACCCGAAAGAAGAGAAACACCUUGUUUAUUUUGAAAACGAAAACUCUAUUAUAAUUGAACGGAUGAAUUCAUUGAAAAAUAAAUAAAUGCGGAAACUUCGGAUUUAAAUCCGAGAGUUAUGUGUACUUCAAAAAGUGAAUCAUACAAAUCAAUCAUCCUAGACUGUCUGAAUAUCAAAAUUAUACUGUGAAAUCUACCAU